AUUUGAAGAGUCGUCAAGGGAAGUAACUCAGAUAAACAUGAGGGAAAGGAAGAAGAAAAAGUUUGAAAGUGGUAACAAGGCAGGUGGAGAUGUUGUACAGAAAACAAGUGAUCAGACUCAAAAACCGUCAUCAGACUGGUAUGUUAUAUAUCUAGGAGGAUAUAGUGUAGUGGUUUUGUUUGUAUAUCUGUACACCAUGUAUCCAUCAGUACCUGGUGGUGAUUCUGGUGAAUUGAUUGUAGCUGCACAUGAGUUAGGGGUAGCUCACCCACCUGGCUAUCCAUUAUUUACACUUUUACUUUGGUCAACAUUCAAGAUAAUACCAUUUGGCACUGUGGCUUGGAGAGCUAAUCUACUAAAUGCUGUACUCUCUGCCGGGGCAACCUUUGUUUUCUCUCUUACCCUAUAUAGGUAUACUAGAAGUAUAGGUUUAUGUAUUAUUGGAGCUACAAUGUGGUCAUUUAAUGAGCUAACAUGGACAUGGUCUACCACAACAGAGGUGUUUAGUCUUAAUAAUCUGUGUAUAGCUUGCCUAUUGUAUCUCAUGGUACAGUUUGAAUCUACAGAUACACAUAGGAAAUGUAAGGUAGCAUAUAUGGGUUCAUUUAUGUGUGGAAUAUCACUAUGUAAUCAGCACACCAGUGUUGUAUAUGUGGCUGUGAUAGCUGUAUGGGUACUCUAUGAACUUAUCAUCAUCAAGGAACUGACAGUGAAGGUUUUACUAUUUGUUUCAUUCAGCUUCCUGUUUGGACUAGUUCCCUACAUCUACUUACCUUUAUCAUCUUGGUUCCACUCAGCUAGAUAUACUUGGGGGAACCAGUCCUCUAUUGAAGGUUUCAUGAAACAUCUACUAAGACAAGAGUAUGGUACAUUUAGUCUUGCUAAAGAGGGAGAUGGCUCACAACAUAAUAUACUGGAUGGAUUAAGGGUGUAUGGAUGGCAUGUUCUGUCAGAGUUUACUGUAAUUGGAGCUGUACUUGUAGCUGCUGCUGUUUUAUACUCUAUAAUGGAGAAAAGACGAUGUUCAAGCUUGCUAGUUACUAUGGUGAUGUGUCUCUUAUAUUUGAUAUUGUUUUCAUGGAGAGCCAAUUUGAAUCUUGACAAUCAGCUGUUCCUUGGAGUGGUUGAGAGAUUUUGGAUGCAAUCUGACAUGAUCAUAGUGUUACUAGCUGUUGUUGGUCUGUCAGCAAUAUUUAGGUCAAUAGAAACCUGGCUAACUUCAAAAAGUAGAGCAGUUAUUGAACUAACUAUGGCUGUUGCAGUCUUUGCUAUGUACAUGGGAAAGAACUUUUCAAAUUGCAACCAGGGAACCAACACAGUUGUUGCAGAGUUUGGUUCCAGGCUUUACCACAAUAUGCCUCAAAAUGCUCUGGUUCUAACAGUUGGUGAUCUCCCUUCUAAUGUUCUAAGGUACUUGUAUUUAUGUGAAGAUGAUCGCCCAGAUGUUACAGUUUUAGAUCAGGAGCUGAUGACCUAUCCCUGGUAUGUUCCUAUGUUACGACACACUUAUCCCAAUGUCACAUUUCCUGGACAUCACAUGGAGGCACAAACCGGAAUACUGGACAAUGGACAACAAGUGUUCAACUUUAAGACAUUUCUUGAUGCAAAUAUAAACAGGCGUCCUAUUAUUGGAUGUAUAGGUAUGCAGGGACACGAGAAAUCAUGGGAGCAAAGCUAUCAUUUAUUCCCAUAUGGUCCAUGUUCUCUAGUAGUGAAAGCUGGUGGUAGACUUGAUAUAGAAAGUAUAUAUAGUAGUACCAAGAAUAUAUCUGAUGGCUGGGGCUAUCCUAAUGAAGGAUUUGAUGCAAAGUCUUGGGAAAGAGUGGCAACAAAUGAAAUAUGGAACGCAAAGAUAAAUGUGGCUCUGAAGUUGUAUGAAAUGGCUGUAGUGUUGAAAGAGACAGAAAACAUGUACUCAGAGCUGAUGAUAAAAUCAUAUGAGCUUUAUAAGGCAGCUGUGGAGAGUGAGGAAAUUGAAGCUAUUCCUGACUACUGGCACAGGAAUUAUGCUCUAGCAUGUGAAAGAUUGCUCAGAAUCAAACAUAACUAUCCACUCAGUCAUAUCUUAAAUGACACUAUAUUUCAUUUUGAGAAAUAUAUACAGAAAAAUCCUACAGAUGAAAGUGUACCAAUCAUUAAACAAUCUAUAAAACACUUGAAGUCAUAUGUUGGUAAAAUGUAGCAUGGAAGGUUCAUUUCAUGUUAAACAUGAAUGAUGAAAAGUUUCUUCAGCAGGGAUAAUCAUUUUAGUAAUUAUAAAAAUACUCUUUAUGAAUCGAAAUGUUGUUUUGUUAUUUGAUUUGUGCUUAAAAAGCAAAAUGUUUCAACUUUUAAGUUUAUAAUAUGUAUAUUAAGUAUGUUUGUUAUAAAAAUUAGUGGUUUUAUGGUAUUUGUUGAGAUGUGUUAAGUGAUUUAUGUCUUAAAGAGUACAUGUAUUAGCAAAAAUGUAACUUCACCUCGAGAUGACUCAUGUAUGUCUGUUCCUUUUUAUUUCACUUUUACUGUAUAAAGCAUCAAUCACAUAAUUUCCAAAAUAUAUAGGUUAUGGCAGGGAUAUAAUAAAGUUUAAUGUGUGUUUUACAAAGUAAAUAGCAAUAAUAUAUGACAGUGGUUCUCACUAACAGCAAACAGGUUUACAGGGUACACUCUGUUAUAAGGAACACUUCCCCUAGAUUCUGAUUAUCCUUUAUCUUUAUUUUACUUCUGUAUAUAAAAAUCUGUGAUUAUGGCAUCCUCCCUUAUAGCAAAAACCUAGUUAUAAGAAACUACAUAUUCAGGUCCCUAUCAAACAUUGACUACUUGUAUUUAGUUGUUUAUAGCAAACUCUGAAAAUGGAUCUUAUUUUUACCCUGACUGGUUUUCAUACCUUGGCACCCUAGAUUGGCAGAUAACCCAACAAUCUUUAUCAAAGCAAGUAAUCGAUAAUCUUUGGAUUUUAAAAAACGGUUUAAUCAGAUAUCAUUACCAUCACUUUUGCAACUGGCUAUAAUUACUAGACUGACAGUGACUGAUGAAAUUAAAUAAAUCUAUAAAAAAAUAUACAAUUAAGAAAUGCUGCUUGUUAUCUUGUGACUAAGAUCUUAGAUAUGGAUCCAUAUAACUUAUUAUAAGAUAAGUUAUAAUUAUGAUAUGUUGAAUAUUGCUGUAUAAUGGCUAAAGUGGAAAUAGUGUGUAACUUCAAAACAGAUAAAUUAUAUUACAUUUCAACACCCUUUUCAUAUUAAGGCUAAUAUAAUGUCAGAACCAACAUACAAUAGUCAAGAAAUUUUAAGUGUAUAGAUUUAACUUUUGACUAUAAACUCAUGGUUAUGAAUAAAAAUAAUAACUUGAAUUGUGUUGCAUGUAACAAGCUGUUUGUUAUACUGUUAUGUUUGCUUUAUGUUGAUUGUUAAUAAUAAACUUAUUCCUUAUAUUGGUUAUAAGAAUCCUCAUAUAGCGUACAAAAUGUCAAGGUCCCAAUGAGUUCAGUAUAACAGAGUUUCAUUGUACUAUUAUUCCUUUCCAUUCUUUAUCAAUCUAGUUAUUUUUAGUGUUCACACAAGCAUUUGACACCAACUGUUUAUUUAAUUUUAAAUGUCUUGUACAACAUUUUUUUAUAUUUUUAUAUGUCUUUUUUAAAAAUAAAUCCAGAUAAAUGUU